CAAUAAUGAAUGUAAUAUUGAGUAUAUGAAUAGCAUAAGAAAUAUUUACACAGACUUAUCAAGGCUAAAUAGUUUUGUGUUAAUGGAAAAGAAAUUCCAUUAACAGACACAUAGUAACUCAUGAAGCAUCUUCUGUUGUGCAUCGCAUAUAUCCUCUGGCAGUCCUAUAUCAAUUACCUCAUUCACAACUUGGAGGCCCUUUCUAUAGGGUGGGACUGUGGCUGGAGGCAAAGCAAUUUAUUGCAAGAGCUGAUUCAGCAAGAAACUCCUCAGGGCCUAUCAAUGUUCCAUUAAUAAUCAGAGACGCUGUAAUGAUUAUUGGUGGCACUGUAAAUCAUUUCCAUAACAUUAUUUAUUUUAACGUUACUCAGCAACUUGGUGUUUCCUGAAAGACAGAAAGGUUUCUCAAUCACAAAAUACGCUCUUCGGCAGGAAGCAACAAGAAGUACAAAACUUUCAAAAGGUUCUUUCUUCUUAUGCUGCACAUUUUUUGAGUGAAAUCUACUACACAAGAAAAGGAAGUCCUUAAAAUCUGAUCUAAGUCAGUGGGAGCACAGCUAGGAAAAUGUCAUGCUCACUUCCGCUGACCCAUCUUGACUUUGGUCUCCAGUAACUCUGCCUUUUCAUUACUCCCUGAAGCCUCAUUCUGCCUUCAAAUGAAAUUAAUAGCAGAAAGAUCAAUCCUGGACAUCUUUCACUGCACCAGUCCAAACCUGAAUCUAUUGGCUUCAGAGGGCUUUUCUGCAGCAUCAUUUUACCUGAAAAUUGUAAUAGUUAGACAAACGCUGAUAGAAUUAUUCCCUGCAGAUAAUUUUAGCACUUUUUCCUUUUUUGUCUCAGGAUGAAAACUUUGUACAGAUUAAAUGCAAAUAGAUUUGCAAAUUCCAAGGCAAGGGCAAAAUUGCAUUAAUAAAGCUCUGCCUGAGUCCCAUUUUUACAAGAUUUAGAUAUUAUAAAAAUAGCUAUGGGUGCUGAAAUGUCGCAAACAGAGAGAAGAAAAAUAAAAGCUGAGAAGAAAUCCAAGGGACUGGAACACAGGUGGACCAAAAUAAACGCUCUUUGAUAUCUUCCAUCACAAAGGACACUUGCUUGUGUCGAUAGAGCAGAAAAAAAAAAAACUGGUAGCGACAGGUCUGUUUGAAAUUAAUAUAUUUUCCCAACCUCAAGAGCUCAUUUUCAAUAUGGAAAAAAGCUGCCACUGAACGAGCAUUAUCGCAGCAGUGUUCUAACGACGCAAGGUCAUUUACCAUCACUUUUAUUUUGCGGUCUUUGAAGAGUUUCCUCUUUCCCGCUGCACGUCUUAGGGAAACAGCCUCCUUUUCUAGGCAGUGACUUUCAUCUCCUAUGACCGCGUGCAAGCGAGCCUUAGCUGAAGAAUAAGACCGCGGCUCCCUUCUUUGCGCUUUGUUACUCGGUGACUCCUCUCUGUUCGCUUCGCCAGCGAUCUUAACGCCGUCACCAUCUGCACUACAAAGCACAAGUAAAGCCGCACGGCUUAACGCUUUUGCCAUAUAACCUUCUGUGAUUACAUCAGCGCUUCUCAAGCUGCCGCCUCUCACCGCGGCUGAUCACCGAUUUGGGAUCACUUUUCCCCGCCGGGCAGCGGCCCCGAGGAGCCGCCCGCGAGCCCGACCGCCGCGUCGGAGUUUUGCAAACUUUGCGAUGCUCCACGCGCUCGGCUCGGGGCGGCUCCGGGCAGCCCGCAUCCAGCCGCGGUCAUCCAGCGGCGGCCCCGAGCCCUUUGAAGUCCGGCGGCGAUUGUUCCGCGCCGCCCGGAACCUCAUUCACAUGGAAACGUCGGGGCUUCUUUCUUUUUUGCUUUUCUGAAGGCUUCGCGGCGACCGACAGGAGCCCCCCGCUCCCGGUAUCGCCACAAAGGACGCGGAGCGGACGUCGUCUGGGCCGCAACGCAGCUGCGGCUCGCGCAGCCCCGGCCCCCGCCGCAGGCCCCAGGCCUCAGCGCGGGUGGGCGCGGGCACGGCCGGGCCCGCACUUGGGAUUCGCUGGGAAGUGGGUCAGCGGGGCGGGCGGAGGGCGAGGGCACGGCCGCGGGGUGCCCGCCGCCAACGGGAGGGAGGGAGGCGGAGGGCGGGAGACGGGCGGCGGGCUGAGGGAGAGCCGGGGUCGCCUCCGCGCCCGAGACGAACCUCCCGCCUCACCCCGAGGCCGGGCUCGCUCCGCGCGCGGGAAGCGGAGGGCCGGCAGCCCGCGGACAGCCGUCUUGCGAGCCCCAGGUAGGGGCCGCUGAUUGACAGCUCGACCCUCCCUCCCGGCGUUUCCGUUGGGUGCUUUUCACGCCAAUCAACGAGGUGCGCGGCGAGAGAUUGGCUGUCACUAGUUCUCCUUUCCCGCCCCUCUUGGCACGGGCCAAAGGGGGAGGCGAGGGGGCGGGGCUUUCGGCCGAGGGGCGGGGCGGCGGGGGCGCGGAGGCUCAGCCCGGGAAGGCUCCGCGCGGUGGCGGCGGUGGCCGUAGGGGACGGCGGCGCGGGAUGGGACGGAGCGCGGCGUCAGAUAAAGCCACCUGAGAGUGCUAGCAAGUUACAGAACAACCAUUUUCUCAAACGAGUUAACAGGAAGGAUAUUCUCUACUCCCUUUUUUAAAUGGUUGUAAGCCAUGCCUUUGGUAAAAAGAAACAUUGAACCGAGGCAUCUGUGCCGAGGAGCUCUACCAGAGGGAAUUACUAGUGAGCUGGAAUGUGUAACGAAUAGCACCCUUGCUGCUAUCAUACGCCAGCUAAGCAGCUUGAGUAAACAUGCUGAAGACAUAUUUGGUGAAUUGUUUAAUGAGGCUAACAGCUUCUACAUCAGAGCAAAUUCCCUUCAAGACAGAAUCGAUCGCCUUGCUGUCAAAGUUACCCAGCUGGAUUCAACAGUAGAAGAAGUAUCACUACAGGACAUCAAUAUGAAAAAAGCGUUCAAGAGUUCAACAAUUCAAGAUCAGCAGGUAGUUUCAAAGAACAGCAUUCCUAACCCAGUGGCUGAUAUUUAUAAUCAGAGUGACAAACCACCUCCUCUGAAUAUUCUUUCACCUUACAGGGAUGAUAAGAAAGAUGGAUUGAAGUUCUAUACUGAUCCUUCCUAUUUUUUUGAUCUUUGGAAAGAAAAAAUGUUACAAGAUACUGAAGAUAAGCGAAAAGAAAAGAGGAGACAAAAGGAGCAAAAGCGUAUAGAUGGCACCACCCGUGAGGUGAAAAAGGUUAGAAAAGCCAGGAACAGACGCCAGGAGUGGAAUAUGAUGGCGUAUGACAAAGAGCUUAGACCUGACAACAGGUUGUCUCAGAGUGUGUACCAUGGAGCAUCUUCCGAGGGAUCACUGUCCCCAGAUACUAGGUCCCAUGCAUCUGACGUUACAGAUUAUUCUUAUCCUGCCACUCCGAAUCAUUCCCUCCAUCAGCAGAUAGCAAUGCCUUCCUAUGGAACAGGAGAUGGUUCACAGUCCUUUGGUGUAUCCCAAAGCCAUGAACACGAAUACAGACCACCUUCUACUACAGCACGACAUGCUACUUUAAACAGACCUCAGCAGCCACCUCCACCUCCUCCCCAGCCUGCAGAUGGCCAGCAUAGCUCAGUACCUGUGGUACCAGCAGAAUAUGGGAUGCUUCCAGCUCAGAUGGUGGAAUAUUACAAUCCUGCAGGCCCUCCCCCUCCUCCUCCUCCCCCUAUGAUUCCAUCAGCACAAACAGCAUUUGUUAGUCCCCUUCAGCUUCCUGGGCCACCUUCCCAUUCUGGACUGGUGACGGGCUCCGUAUACGUAUCCGCUCAUCCUCCUCCUCCUAGCGGGCUUGUUGUCACUGCUCCUCCUCCUCCUGGCCCCCCUCCGCCCCCGCCAGGCCCUCCUGCUGCAGCUUCCUCCCUCUCUUCCUCCCCCAUGCAUGCUCCUCCAGCUGCUGAGGCAAAGCGCCACGAACUUGCCCAGCCGCCAGUAAGUGAUGCACGAAGUGACCUCCUGGCUGCCAUUCGGAUGGGAAUACAGCUGAAAAAGGUGCAAGAGCAACGUGAGCAAGAAGCAAAGCGAGAACCUGUUGGGAAUGAUGUGGCAACCAUCCUUUCAAGACGCAUUGCUGUGGAGUACAGUGAUUCUGAUGAUGAUUCAGAAUUUGAUGAGAACGAUUGGUCAGAUUGAACCUGGUCUGAGCACAGUGGCAAGUUCACAAAAUACUUGGCUUCUGUGAUCACUUUGGUAGCAAGAUGUAAAACAGGAUGUUGACGUGUAUUAAAGCUAGUGAUUGAGAUGCUAAAAUUGAAUUGAUAUUAUUCAGAAUGCUGUAGCUUAGCAACUCUGGUAAUAAUGUGAUUAUGCUUAUGCAGAUCAGAAACUUGUCUUACUUUCAGUAUUUACCGCAUAAUACUUAAGUGCCACUAAAUGUAGCAAAUCAUGUGCUGCGUGCAAAACAUGCUGCAGUUGUUGCACUGUUACAGAACCAGCAUUUUGUUUUACUUUCCUUAUCUUUUGAAGGAUAAAAUAUAUUUUUUUGACUUUGCAUCUUAUUCCUUUAAUUAUGUAAACAACAUAGGUACUUGUGAGUUGGUCUGCUUGUUAGUCUUUGGGGUUGCUAUAACUGGAUGAAGCGUUCCAUAAAUAUACAACUUUUAGAUUUUUAUUAGAUGCUAAUUAUGCCCAUGUUAAAAUGCAGUAGACAGUAACUAAAUACCUACUUAAUCUAUUUUUAAGCUCUACUGGGCUUAGAUUUUUGCAUACAGACUUGAUUUUAUACAACCUAACCUCUUUUUUUUAAUCUUAAAAAUGUAGCAGAUAAUGAAAUGCAUACUUUGAAGAAUGAAUCCUCUUGAUCCAAAAUUAACAUGUUGGUGAGCAGACCAGAUAAGUUUGUAACAGUGAUAGCAGUAGGAUGCUGGCAGCUUUUUGGGUAGGGUGCUGGGAAGUCAAAGGUAGGUAGUGAAUGUGUGCCCAUGUUACAAAAUAAAAUUAAAACACCUGUACAGCUUUUCAUUUCCAGGAUCUGGGCCAACUAGACACAAAAGCUUCAGGGUAGACCUGAUCGAAACAAUAGGUUUAUUCCAGUGUAGAAAAAGCAACUGUAUUAGGACUAAAGAAUGGAACUUUGUCAGUCUAGUUCUAGCAGUCAGAUGCAUUUCACAAGUGUUAAACUUGGUCCUUAUGCCUGUCGGUACAAAUGCUUGUAAAUAAGUUUUUUGUUUGUUGAUUUCUCUGUGUAGUCACAGCGAUUGCUUACCCAAGGCUGCCAUUACUCUGAAUGUAUUUCCUGCCUCGUACACUGCAUUCUGUAACGUUUGGCAGUUAAAGCAGUUUCAAUGGCUGUUUAGGUACUAUGGCAUCUAUAUUCAUUCGUUUUCUCUUCCCCAUGGUAGAGCUGCUGACACACAGUCUGCUUUGGCUGUUUCUGUUCUCUCUUAAAAUGAUUCAUGGUUUUUUUUUCAGUACAGAAUGAAAAUGGCUUUUUCUUCUGGACUGAGAGUUGGGCUGCUGCUUCACCCAGUGAGGCUUUUAAAAGCAUAUUAGGAAGAGGAAGAGGAAUUCUUUCUUUAACAGAUUACAAUUUUAAUCUUUGUAACAAAAGUCUGUAAUUCCAGGUCUAAACAUUUGUUAAAGCUCCUUUGUUCUGUGAGACCCCACCUGUUCUCAGAAAUAACAAAGAGGGGGGGAAAAGGUAUGUGAAAUGGAAAAAAAUAAAGAAAUAAAAGAUAUCUCACCUGUGUUUACACAAUUAGCAGUUGUAUUUUCAAGAAUGUAACAGUCUAACAUGAUGUUUGCAUGCAAGCUACUGGCUAUUUUGCUGCUGUUCAACCUGCAUAUGACUUUUCAAUCUGGGAUGGUUGUUUUUAUGGUAGGGUGGCAAUGUGCUGCCUCUGUAAGGUACUGAAGAUUUAUCAUACCAUGUAUAACCAAUCUCUGCAUAACAGUGAGCAGCUCCUAUAUCGUGGUGGCAGCUGAGGGUACUCAUCUCAGUUUGUUGGAUCUGAUUGUCUUUGCCUUAAAUACAGAGCUCGAUUUUGCUUCAUUUUGUGCUCUGGAGUCUGAGGUCAGUGUGCACUGGGCAGAAUUUAGGCCACAGCUUGAUGAUGGCACUGACUAAUGCAUGAGUGGAGGUUUGUUCUGAUCACAGUGAUGCACUUGCAGAGCAGCUUGCAAAUGAUUCUUCAUGUGAGUUGGACAGAAGUGCGACUCAGACUGCAGUGCUGCAUUGCUGUACAGCUGGGGGGAGUACUCAGUAUUCUUGUACUGCAUAUUGGAAUGAAAUAUGUCAGCAGUUCUUUCUUUCCAUUCUACUGAAAUUUGAUAAGACAGAAGAUAUAUUUUAUGAGCACAGAGGACUUGGGUGUAUCAGGAAUUUUGUAAUUUGUGUUGUUUUUAAAUAAUAAAUGUGAAACAAGUGAUCACUUGUGACCAGUUGAUGGUGUAGAUUUCCAGUCAUAGUAGCCACCCUGUUUUCCUGAACCUGCUGUGUUGUCAUUUUCCUUUCAGUAUUUUAUUAAUACAAAUGUGAAUUGAAUUUAGUGAUGUGAACUAACAUUCUAGGCUGUUUUUAUCAGUUUAUCAUACUUUGGGUUGUGAAUAAGUAACAAAUAUGAAUAAAAUCUCACUUUUGA